CGGAGGAGAGAGUCAUUCAGUGUCUCUCCGGCAUCCCGUCCGCGCGCAUCAUGGAUCUGCGGUGCUCAAACACUGGAAUGAUUUUACCACUCUAUCUCAUCUUUUACUCCAUCACGGGCUCCAUCAGUAAAGAGAGCUGUGAUUCUCCACUGGUGUCCAAUCUGCCUCAGUCGGCCUUCAGAAGUUCCUCUGAGUUGUCGAGCAGUCACGGACCCAAAUACGCCAAACUCAACCGCAGAGACGGUGCUGGCGGAUGGGCUCCACUGGACUCGAAUAAAUAUCAGUGGCUUGAAAUUGACCUGGAACGUCGGACAGAGGUCACAGCCAUCGCCACACAAGGCCGUUAUGGAAGUUCUGACUGGGUCACACGCUACCUGCUCAUGUUCAGUGACACGGGACACAACUGGAGACCAUACCGACAGGAAGACAGCAUUGAGGCUUUUUCUGGGAACUCUAAUGCCGACAGUGUGGUGAUGUACAAACUCCAGCAUCCAGUAAUCGCUCAGUAUCUGAGAAUAUUACCACUGGACUGGAAUCCAAAUGGCAGAAUGGGACUCAGACUGGAAGCGUAUGGCUGCCAAUACAGGUCUGAUGUGGCGGGGUUUGAUGGCAGUGGUCAUUUCCUGUACAGGCCGGAUCCCAGCACGAGUCCAACAGAUAAAGACGUGUUAGUCAUGAACUUUAAAACCCUACAGAACUCUGGGCUGUUGAUUCACAUGGAAAGCCACAGCGGACACACGCUUGCUUUGGAAUUAUUCAAAGGCAAACUCUUACUACAGUUUAGAAAAGGCAGGGGUUCUGCGAGUGAUUUUCACACCGUCGUGUCGCUGGGCAGCCUGUUGGACGAUCAGCACUGGCAUCAUGUCAGCGUGGAGCGUGUACGAGGAGUCGUUAACUUCACUGUGGACAAAAGUACGCAGCAGCUGCAGCUGCUCAAGCACCCAAGUCACGGCGAGAUUAACGAGAUCAGUUUUGGUGGCACAUCAAGUGAUGGACUUCAGAAGUCUCAUUCCAGAAGAAACUUCCACGGCUGCAUGGAAAAUGUGCUUUACAACGACAUCAACAUGAUUGAACUCGGCAAAGAAAAGCAAGUCGCCAUGACAGGUAACGUCACCUUUACGUGCACGGAAUCCAUUGAUGUCCCAGUGACGUUUGCCAGUCCUGGAAGUUUCCUCGGUUUGCCGUGGACCGCCGGUGGAGAAAGCAUGUCAGUCGGUCUGCAGUUCAGAACAUGGAACAAAGUGGGUCUGCUGAUGACCUUUGACCUCCAGCAUGAAGCAGGAAUGCUGUGGCUUUAUCUGAGCGAUGCGAGAGUACGAGUACAGAUCCAUAAGGCGGGACGAAUCAUGGCCGACGUCACAGCAGGUGCCAGUUUAAAUGACGGUCAGUGGCACUCGCUGGAACUAGUUGCCCGUCGAGGUCGUCUCGCAGUCACUGUGGACAAAACCGACAGCUCUACAGCACCCACUUCCUUCCCUGUCGUACCGGACAGUCAGUUAUUCUUUGGAGGAUGCCCAGACACGGAACACAGCACCGUCUGCAGAAACCCGUUUAAUGUUUUCCAGGGAUGUAUGCGACUCAUCCGAACUGACAACAGUUUAGUGGAUCUAAUCAAAGUGCAACAGAUGUUGUUUGGAAACUUUAGCGAUCUUCAGAUGGACAUGUGUGGGAUAGUCGACAGGUGUUCGCCGAGUUAUUGUGAACACGGGGGGAAAUGUUCGCAGUCCUGGAGCAUGUUUCACUGUAACUGUUCCGCCACGGGAUACAGCGGUGCGACCUGUCACAGCUCCAUUUAUGAAGCAUCUUGUGAGGCAUACAAGCACAAAGGAAACACAUCUGGGUAUUAUUAUAUAGACAUUGAUGGAAGCGGCCCCAUCAAACCUCAGCUAAUCUACUGCAACAUGUCAGAUACAGUAUGGAUGGUGAUUCAACACAAUAAUACAGAGCUCACCAAAUUAAAAGCGUCCUCUGGGAUAAAUCAGCAUUUAGUGCACUUUAACUAUUCCGCUGACGCAGAGCAGAUCCAGGCGAUCAUUACCCAGGUGCAAUACUGCGAGCAGGAGCUCGCCUACCACUGCAAGAAGUCACGCCUUCUGAACACACCCGACGGUGCCCCUUUCACCUGGUGGGUGGGCAGGUCGGGUGAAGCCCACAUGUACUGGGGCGGGGCGGUCCCGGGCAGCCAGCAGUGUGCCUGUGGACUGCAGGAUGUCUGUGUGUAUCCUGAACACUUCUGUAACUGUGAUGCCGACAGCAAAGAGUGGUCUAAUGACUCGGGUCUGCUGUCUCAUAAAGAUCAUUUGCCCGUGCGAGCAUUGGCUGUCGGUGAUAUCAACAGACCCGGUUCUGAAGCGGCCUACAGAGUGGGACCCCUGCGGUGUUACGGUGACAAUAACUUUUGGAACGCGGCCUUCUUCAACAGAGAGACAUCGUAUCUGCACUUUCCCACAUUUCAUGGGGAGCUGAGUGCAGAUAUCUCCUUCCUGUUCAAAACCAGCUCUUCCUCUGGUGUGUUCCUGGAAAACCUGGGAAUUAAAGACUUCAUUCGGAUCGAACUGAGCUCACUAACUGAAGUGGUCUUCUCGUUUGACGUUGGCAAUGGUCCUCUGGAGGUAAGAGUUGAGACGCCCGAUGCUUUAAACGAUGAUCGCUGGCAUCACGUCAGAGCUGAACGAAACGUAAAGGAAGCCUCGCUGUAUGUGGACCAUCAUCCUGGAGCCGUCCUGAAAGCCCCGGCGGACGGACACAUUCAUCUCCAACUCAACAGCCAAUUAUUUGUAGGAGGAACUGCUUCCAGACAGAAGGGUUUUCUGGGCUGCAUUCGCUCACUGAAGCUGAAUGGAAAGACUUUGGAUUUGGAGGAGAGGGCGAAGAUCACGCCCGGAGUGACGCCCGGAUGUCCCGGACACUGUAGCAGUUAUGGCGAUCUGUGUCAGAAUCACGGGACCUGCGUGGAGAAAUACAAGGGCUUUAACUGCGACUGCAGCCUCUCACCGUUUACUGGAACAUUUUGUCUUAAAGAAGUUUCUGCCUUCUUCAAACCCAGAACCUCAGUCACGUACACGUUUAAAGAGCCGUACGAGCUGAACAGGAACAUCAGUGUGCAGUCGUCCUCUAUCUUCUCUGAUUUAACGCUGAGAGCGGAGAACAUCUCACUGAGCUUCAGAACGAGUCAGUCGCCCGCGAUGCUGCUUUACGUCAGCUCGUACUACAGAGAAUACCUCGCCGUCCUGCUCAACAGAAACGGACAUCUGGACGUCAAGUAUAAACUACAGCACAACAGAGACGCGGAGGUUUUCCGAGCCAGCACGAGGAGCCUUGCCAACGGACAGCUACACAGAGUUAGCAUCAGAAGAGUCGCGGAGUCGCUCAGUAUUCAGGUCGAUCAACAUGCGAGGGAAGAUUUCAAUCUAACAUCAGACAUCGAAUUCAACGCUAUCAGAUCUGUCGUCAUUGGAAAAGUGGCCGAAUCUGUUGAGCUGGAUCCAGAAAUCGCUCGUCUGAACUCUUUGGGUUUCACCGGAUGUUUGUCAGUCGUUCAGUUUAACUCCAUCUCACCAUUGAAAGCGGCUCUUCUGUAUCCAGACACGAGUCCUGUUAUAGUCACAGGAACGCUGACAGAAUCCAGCUGCGGCUCGUCUUUACUGUCCAAUCCCUACGCAGCUGAAACGACUCAUUCUCUCUCAGAUCAUUUGGGUUCUGUAGGGACUGGUGAACCGAUAGUCAAUGCACUCAACAGUGACUCUGCUUUGAUUGGAGGGGUCAUUGCCAUUGUGAUAUUUGUGAGUCUCGCCGUGCUGGCCGUGAUGGCGCGAUUCUUGUACCGACGGAAAGAAGCGUUUCAGACUCAAGAGCCCAAAGGAGCAAAAGCUGAAGACAGUCCUGAAAUGCCGUUUACCACGGAUCCAAACUCACAGAACAUUAUCAGUGGUAACCAAAAAGAAUAUUUCAUAUGACGCUCUAUCUGACUAAUCCAGUACGACUCACGGACUGACGGAGGCCUUGUCCAGUUUAGGGACAUUAACAUUCACAGCGCACUGAGGGAACCCGUCCGAGAGACUGUCAGCGGCUGAAGAGGAACGGUCCGUCCACGCUUUUCUCUUUUUGUACAGUACAUAAAACAUUUAUUGACCAGAACUUUGACGCAAUAGUACGACUUUCUAAGGUGUGUAUAAUGACAUUCAUUAGUUGUAAAUAUUCUUUUGAAAUGAAACUUUGUAACGUCACGUUCUCCUUUUGCCUUUGAAAAAUUCAGUGGUCAGUAUUAUGUUUAAUGGAAUUUUAGCCGACCUAAAUCAACUAUUUAAAGAAUAGAACAUUGAAUAACUACAUUUAAAUAAAUGUUUGAGUCGGACAUUGCGUUGAUCUGGUAUACUAGUAUUAUUGUUGUGUACACACAUGCGUGCAAAAAAAGUUUUUUGAGAAGUUUUAUGAACUUCUGUGAAGUUGCGAUUACAGCAUGUGCUUUUUUUGGCAAUGAUUUGCCACUUGAAAGAAAAAAAUACAUCUUAUAAAAAUUGUUUAUUGUUGACAACUUGUGUCUUCACUCCUUAAGUGUGUUUUGUUAGAAGUCAACAUGAAAUGACAUGAAAUUCCAGAGUCCCUUAAGUCCAAAGUACCGUACCCAUUGGUUGAAACUGGGUCUGGAUGGCAUCAGUGGAAAUAGAAAGUUGUUUAAAAGGUGACUUAAUUAAAUGUUUUAUUUUUUGAAUUAUAUUCAGAGUUGGUAAAACAAUAAAAUAUGAGAUAGCCAUGUGUUGUAUAUCGUUGGAAAGGUUUCAAUUAGUAGAAUGCAGUGAGCAAAUUUGUUUCACUCAGAGGCCAAAAUGCAGUGAGUUUUAGUGUAUGAAAUUCCCACUGACACACAAAUAUAAUAAACAGAAGUGUCUUUUUGUCA